CUCUUCAAUCCUCCUUCACGCUUCCCUCCACCACCCCCAAACCCCGCACUUCCGCCUUCCGAAAACCCUCGAGGGCGAGGGUUUCGUGCAAUGGUGGCGACAGCGGGGGCGGCCGUGUAGACCGCAGAAACAUGCUCCUAGGGCUUGGCGGUCUGUACGGCGCAAGCAGCCUCGUCAGAGGCCGCAAAGCCGAGGCCGAUCCAAUCCUACCUCCUAAUUUGGAAUUUUGCGACCGCGAAGGCACAACUACUAUUGACCGUCUCACCGGGAGGGUGAUUCGUAUCGACGCCGACUGCUGCCCGCCCUACACCGAUACUAUCACAGACUACGUGCUCCCGCAGUUUCCUACUAUUUACGAACGCCAAGGGGCGAACAUAAUAGUUCCUGAUCCCGUUGCCAAAUACAAGCUAGCCAUCCAGAGAAUGAAGCAGCUCGACAAGGAUGAUCCCAACGAUCCCCGCGGCUUCACACAGCAAGCCAACAUCCACUGCGCUUAUUGCAACGGCCCCUACGAUCAAGUCGGCUACCCCACCCUCGAUAUCCAGAUUCACAACAACUGGUUAUUCUUCCCUUUCCACAGGUGGUACCUGUAAUUCUUCGAGAGGAUCUGCUGCGAACUUCUCGAAGAUGAGACCUUCCGCCUGCCCUACUGGAACUGGGACCACCCCUAUGGCAUGUAUCUGCCAACCCUCUUCGGCGAGGCCUACUCGCCCCUCUACGACUGUAACCGCGACCAAACGCAUUUCGGCAACGCCCUUGUCGACCUUAGCUUUGCGGAGGGAGUGAGUGUCGAUGCGAAUCUCAACCAAAUGCAACAGGAAAUGAUGGUGCAGCCCGACUCCGCCCUCGCAUUCAUGGGCCAGCCUUACAGAGCCGGAGAUCCGCCACCAGGAGGCGCCCGUGGCGGGACAUCCGAACAGGGCUCCCACGCUGGCAUCCAUGUCUGGACCGGAAACCCCAACAAUCCUUUGAAUGAAAACAUGGGGAACUUCUACUCUGCAGCAAGGGACCCCAUCUUCUACUGCCAUCACGCUAAUGUCGACAGAAUGUGGACAGUCUGGGAAGACCUCCCGGCCGAUUACCCUAAAACCAUCGACGAUCCCGAUUUCCUGGAUGCGGCCUUCAUGUUCUACGACGAGAAGAAGAACCUCGUGCGCGUAAAAGUCCGCGACUGCUUGGACACUACACGCCUCGGAUAUGCCUAUCAAGCUGGCGACAUUAGGCCAUGGAGGUACUACAGACCGCCUACGAGAGAAGUCCCGGCCAACGUCCAACAACUCUCUGAAACGGCGCAGACUGCAGCCCAAGCCUUCCCGGCCUCGCUCGCAGAGACAAUAAGGGUUGUGGUGCCCAAGCCGGCGAAAGGAAAAGCCGACGAAGUGCUCCUCAUCCAGGGCAUUGUCACAGACAGCAGCAAGCUCAUCAGUUUCGAUAUCUACGUCAACGACGACGAAAGCAGCAAGGAUGAGCCGGUGAGUGCGGAGCGUGCCGGGAGCUUCAAGCAGGUCCCGCACAGGUCUAGGAGAGCGGAGACUCCCAGUGACCUCCGCAUCAUCUUGACUCAGCUCUACAAGAACAUUAACAUUGCGGAUGAUGAUGAUAUCGUUGUCGUCACCAUCGUUCCCCGCACCAACGGCGACGCUGUUACCAUUGGUGGUGUUAAGAUCGAAACUCGCGUUCCUGCUGCUGCUUAGUUCAUUCGCCGAUCUUUCUCAGUUUCUGCUUUUGCUUUGUGAUCAGCCUUUGUUUCAGCCCUGGUUUCUUUGUGUUUUCCAUGUUCCAGUGCUGAAGCGUUGAAUCCUUUCCUUUGAUUAAUACAAGACUUUCUAUUAUCUGUUA